GGGGAAGAUUCUGUUGUUUUCGCAAUAAAUGGUUGAAAAGACGAGGACAUUGGUGAAUCUAAAAUGGCCUCGUAACCUAGCAUACAUACAUUUUCUUUGGCUAGCGUCGUAAUCCAAAACAACUGAACGAACGACGUCUCGCUGUCGCAAGUAAUUUGUGGACCUGUUGGGCAGAUGGCCGACCGGACAUUGCUUCCUGGGGACCAAACGGGCGUCGAAAACUCGUUGGAACUCGACGAGCAUUUGGAAAGAAUGAUAGAGGACAUGGAAAACAUAUCUGUGCAGCUGACGUGGAUGGCGUACGACAUGUCGGCUCUGCGGACCGACCCCGAACUGUGGGAUUCAAUGCUGCUUCUCGAAGAGGCUUGUCAAGAAACCUCAAACGCAGUGGCAGGGGGCGGACUGCAGGAACCCGCUCCCAAUGACGCGCCACGCACUCAGAUGUGAAGUUUUACAAUUAAUCAAGUUUUCAACAGCAGCGACCAAGUAGUCGACAAGUUUAAGUACUAAUCUGCAUAUUAAUACUGCAUGUAUUUCACUGAAGUACAUUUGUUGCAGUCAUUAAAUGCUCAUGAAUUCAAAUAAAAAUACACAUUCACAUUA